GGACAGAUAUCUUCACUUUGUAUCCAAAUAAAGGAAACUAAGUCUUAGAGAAAUUAAAUGAUUUACCCAAGGUCCCAUUCCAUAACUGACCCGAAACAUGGCUAAGCUUUGGGUUUUUUUUUUCCUUCCUGUUCCCUGUAUCUUACAAGUCUGUUAUUUUUUAUUCUGUUGCUGUACAUGGACUUAAGUUAUUGAUAGAUAUUGAGCUUUGUGUUUUGGUGGCUGCAUAUCUUCUAAUUUAUCUUUCUCUUUUUGCAGAUAGAAACCUCUUGGACAACUGAGGCGGAAGGUGGAUUUUUUUUCUUUUUUUUUUUUUUUUUGAAAAAUCAAAAGCAUGUACCCGUGUCUGUAGAGAUGAUUUGUAGUUCAGCUAGGCUGGAGCUGACCGAAUGAGACUAUGGGCUGUGCCUCCGCCAAGCAUGUUGCCACUGUUCAGAAUGAAGAGGAAGCCCAGAAGGGGAAAAACUACCAGAACGGAGAUGUAUUUGCCGAUGAGUAUAGGAUCAAACCUGUGGAAGAGGUCAAAUACAUGAAAAAUGGGGGAGAAGAUGAACAGAAAAUAGCAGCCAGGAACCAAGAAAACUUGGAAAAAAGUGCCAGUUCAAACGUAAGACUUAAGCCUAAUAAAGAAGUUCCAGGAUUGGUACAUCAACCUAGAGCAAACAUGCACAUCUCUGAAAGCCAACAAGAAUUCUUCAGAAUGCUGGAUGAAAAAAUUGAAAAGGGUCGUGAUUACUGUUCAGAAGAAGAAGAUAUCACAUAGUGCCAAUUCUACCAGUCAAAACAGGAAUUACUACUGUGUAAAUAGAUUACAACCCAUUUGAGAUCUUUGGGAAGGUCGUCUACAACACACACACACAAAAACAGCACUACAUAAUAAAAGAAGAUCGUCUCCAUAUUGUAUGCCCCAUUCACUUACAAUGUUUCUUAAUGAACUUGCAAAGGAAUAUUGCUAAGAACUGUCCUAGAACUUUGUUGCUGCUAGUUAAAACUUGUUGCAAAUUUUCACUCCUCUUGUGUCCAGGUAUGCAGCAAAAUUCUUAAAAUUCCACCUUACAGACACAGUUGUUCUUACAAAUGCUGCCCAGCUGAUUUUUUUAUCAGAUGAAAUAGUGACGAACUCAGAUACCAAACUUCCAUUUCUAGAACGUUCCAACACUUUUUCCCCUCCCCUCCCCUCUUUAAGCUGUUUGUCAGUCCAGAGAUGGACCAGAAUAUUGCUUCUUACUGGCGAUUUUGAGCUUGGGAGAUGGGGAUGGUUGCUAUGGCAAGCCUUGUUUCUCCGCUGAGAAGAAAUAGAGAAGCUACUAUCUAUUAAAAGCAUGUUGUCCCAUGAAUACUGGAAGUGAUGCGGGAGCAGCAGUUUGCCUCACUUACUAGGUAUCUAAUCAAGGACUAAGCUUGCAGUUUUGGCUUUGCUCAGACGCAAAUGGAAGUGUGAUCACAAUCAUUUCGAAUCCCUUUUUUUUUUCUAAGGAAAUAAAUAUUUUACUGUUUUUA